GAAAGUCCCUCAAAAGCGAAUCACUUAUUCCAGACCAGCCGUAAAUGGUAUCCAGUGACGUUUGUGAACUCGAUACUAUGGAUUGCAUUCUACUCGUAUCUGAUGGUUUGGUGGGCGAAUACGAUCGGUGAGACGCUCGUCAUUCCUACGGAGGUGAUCGGGCUAACCAUUCUAGCAGCCGGAACAAGUAUCCCAGAUCUGAUCACAAGUGUGAUUGUCGCACGAAAAGGACUUGGAGAUAUGGCAGUGUCGAGUUCAGUCGGUAGCAAUAUUUUCGACGUGUGCGUGGGCCUGCCAAUCCCAUGGUUGCUAUAUUUUAUUAUCGAGUUUAUCAGGCACCCGGAUAAUCCAGCACAGUCCAUCUCUGUCAGCAGGUGA